AAACACACCGCAGCUAAGUAAUGGGAUUACGUAGCCAUGUGACCGACUAGAUUAUAAGAUAGACAAGUACAAAGUGAGCGACUCUUCUCUUCUUCAAUCUCCUCCUCAAUCUAAUGGAUUCUGCAUUCUCCGUCACCACGACGGCGCACAUGGCGCUUUUCAGAGCCCUCCACCGCCAUUUCACUGGAGCUCCUCAACGCGCUUUUCUCCGCCGCAAUUUCAAAUGCGUCGCUGCUUCCUACCACAACUGCUGCCGCAUUCCGUCCUCCUUCGCUUCCGCGCCAUCGCCGCCCUUGUUCGGCACCUUCCGCGGAUUGCUUCCGCGAACACCGUGCCGUCUGCGCUGCGUUUCGAGCUCCGCUGCUCCCUUUGUUUCCUCUGCUGGCGGUGGAAAUGACGGCUCUGGAGCCCGCAACGGCGGCGGACGUGGCGGUUCUGGCGGUGAGUCUGGAGAUGCUAAUCUCAAAUUGGUUGGAGACACGUCUCAGGAGCUUUCGGCGCUUUCGCCCGAUGUUAUCAUUCUCGAUGUUUCAGGAAUGGUGUGCGGGGGAUGUGCGGCGACUGUGAAAAGGAUCCUGGAAAGUCGACCAGAAGUGUCAUCUGCUAGUGUAAAUUUAACAACAGAGACCGCAAUAGUUUGGCCUGUAUCCGAAGCAAAAAAUACACCAAAUUGGCAAAAGCAAUUAGGGGAGGCACUUGCAGAGCAUUUAACUAGCUGUGGUUAUAAUUCUAGCCUUCGAGAUUCAGCAAGAGACAGUUUCCUCCAAAUUUUUGAAAAAAAGAUGGAGGAAAGGCAUAGACAAUUAAGAGAAAGUGGUCGUGAGCUAGCUGUUUCUUGGGCUCUUUGCGCUGUCUGUCUUGUUGGCCAUCUCUCUCAUUUCUUUGCUGCAAAGGCACCAUGGAUCCAUGCAUUUCAUUCCGUUGGGUUUCAUCUAUCAUUGUCUUUGUUUACGUUGCUUGGUCCUGGCCGCCAACUUAUCAUUGAUGGCUUGAAAAGCCUUCUUAAAAGAGCACCAAACAUGAACACCUUAGUUGGUCUUGGUGCUUUAUCAUCAUUUACAGUCAGCUCAUUUGCUACCUUGCUGCCAAAUUUGGGUUGGAAGGCUUUCUUUGAGGAACCAAUUAUGCUAAUUGCAUUUGUGUUGUUAGGAAGGAAUCUUGAACAGAGAGCUAAAAUUAAAGCAACCAGUGAUAUGACAGGACUUCUUAGUUUAUUGCCAUCAAAAGCUCGCCUUCUAGUUAACCAUGGGGAAACAGAGCUUGGCUCAGUUGUUGAAGUUCCUUCUGACAGUCUCUCUGUUGGAGACCAAAUUAUUGUAUUACCUGGAGACCGCAUCCCAGCUGAUGGAGUUGUGAGAGCUGGUAGAAGCACUGUAGAUGAAUCAAGUUUCACUGGGGAGCCACUGCCAGUAACAAAAGUACCUGGGAGUGAGGUUGCAGCUGGAAGUAUAAAUCUUAAUGGAACUCUUACAAUGGAAGUGCAGAGACCAGGUGGUGAAACAGCUAUGGCAGACAUUGUUCGUCUAGUUGAAGAGGCACAGAGUAGGGAAGCUCCUGUACAGAGAUUGGCUGACAAGGUUGCUGGACACUUUACUUAUGGAGUGAUGGUAGUUUCUGCUGCCACAUUCACUUUCUGGACUCUCUAUGGCACACAUGUUUUACCUGCUGCUUUAUAUCAGGGAAGUGCAGUUUCACUAGCUUUGCAGCUUGCUUGCAGUGUUCUGGUUGUUGCUUGUCCAUGUGCACUUGGGUUAGCCACACCUACUGCUGUGCUGGUUGGAACUUCUUUGGGGGCUAAAAAAGGAUUACUUUUGCGUGGUGGAAACAUACUAGAGAAGUUUGCCAUGGUUAACACUGUUGUCUUUGACAAAACAGGGACCCUCACAGUUGGUAGACCUGUUGUGACAAACAUUAUCACUCCUACAUGCAUAGGACAUGCAAUUUCAAGCCAAACAAAAGAAAAUGCUUUGUCUGAUGUUGAAGUUCUAAGGUUAGCAGCUGGGGUAGAAUCAAACUCAGUACAUCCAGUUGGGAAAGCAAUUGUGGAUGCGGCUCAGGCUGCUAAUUGUCAUAAUGCUAAGGUAACAGAUGGAACAUUCCUUGAAGAACCCGGAUCUGGUGCAGUGGCAACCAUUGAUAAUAAAAAGGUUUCUGUUGGGACAUUGGAAUGGAUUACUAGGCAUGGAGUUGUUGACAGUAUACAUCAAAAAGUGGAGAAGUGUAAUAACCAAUCCUUUGUCUAUGUUGGAGUUAAUGAUACUUUAGCUGGCCUAAUUUAUUUUGAAGAUGAAAUAAGGGAAGAUGCAAGAGAUGUUGUUAGCACACUGUCUAAGCAAAAUAUCAGUGUAUACAUGCUAUCUGGAGAUAAGAGGAACGCGGCAGAGCAUGUUGCUUCUCUAGUUGGAAUUCCAAAAGAGAAGGUGCUAUCUGGAGUGAAACCAGAUGAGAAAAAGAAGUUCAUAAAUGAACUAAAGAAAGAUAAGAACAUUGUAGCUAUGGUUGGUGAUGGAAUUAAUGAUGCAGCUGCCCUGGCUUCUUCACAUAUUGGUAUUGCAUUAGGUGGAGGUGUUGGGGCUGCUGGUGAGGUGUCUUCUAUUGUAUUGAUGCGCAACCAGCUCUCACAGCUACUUGAUGGCUUGGAGCUUAGCAGGCUGACCAUGAAUACUGUAAAACAAAAUCUCUGGUGGGCUUUCAUAUAUAACAUUGUAGGAAUUCCAAUUGCAGCUGGAGUGUUAUUUCCCAUAAAUGGGACCAUGCUGACUCCAUCAAUUGCAGGGGCUCUCAUGGGGCUGAGUUCCAUUGGCGUAAUGACUAACUCAUUACUUUUGAGAUUCAAAUUUUCCUCAAAGCAGAAACAAAUACAUGGCAUGUUGCCAAAAACCAAAGUCCAUGCGCAUUCUGAUCUGGCACAACAAAAUCAGAAUAUAAAACACCCUUAUUAGAUGUUAGAUGCUGGUACACAAUAACACAACGCAAAUGAGGUUCCCGUCCUGAAGUCAAGUCAGGUCUCUAGCAUGAUAGAAGUAUACACUUCUUAGUUUGACCUUGUGGUGAUUAUCCAUGGAUGAAAAGAAAUCGGUACUGACAGAGAAAACGGAUGUAUAUAAUUGGAAGAAUCACACCAUCAAUGAAAGAAGCUAAUCAAGUAAUUGAUGUGAUGGGAAAGAAUAAAUUAUAUUGAUGGAGGAUACUUCUCUUCGAUUCUCAAAAGUUUCUCAGGGAGCUCUCUAGUUGUCUUCUUUCUUUAAUCACAAGCUUUUUUCUAUGGCAACUUUCCGCUCGUGACAGGUCCAUUUUUCCUUUGGUCUUCUCUUGUCUAUAAAUUUGAGUUAAAGUCUUCAUUCAUGUCUUAUUUGGUCUACGUAGUUCAUGAAUCUUGGAAUUUGAAUAACUUUAAGUUGCGCUAAAAUCUGUUUAUAUUCUGUAUUAAAAUGUCUAGGCAAAAUGCAUCUUGAAUACCCCUAUAAUUUCAAAUAAAACUGUGUAUAGAGAGGGAAGAGGGGGAUAAUCUAUUCCCCAGGAAUAUAUAAAUUUUAAACUUUUUAAUACUUUCAAACUCACUAAGUUUUGGUUCCCUUGUAUCUUUCAAAUCGCCAACUAGGAAAUAGAUGUCAAGGAAAGUUUGCAUAUCGAUUAUAAUGUUUCAAAACCCACGGGACAGGCACAGCA